AGAUUUUGGGCAGAACGCGAGAUGUUCUAUGUGACCAAGGGAACCGUGUUUUGUUGCUGGCAGGCAUGACUUUCUAAACCGCUGUCUUGCUAGCACAGGAGUAUCUUUGCAAUUCGCAUGGAGCUUCCAGAACCGAUCAGAAGACGUUUAGGACACUUUUCCAGAACUGUGUUUGUUGAUCAGAGUCGUACUCAACCAUCUCCCGAAGAUCAUGUCACGUUUUUGGGGCACAACAGUGAGGUUGUCUCCAGCCUGCCUCUCCAGAUGUCACUGUUCUUCAACAUGUGUUUUUUCCCACUGUGGUGGAUCAGCGAGGUGGUGAUGCUGCACCUCAAGUAUCCAGCCCUUCCUGACUACUAUAAGUUCAUCCUCAUCACCAUCCUCAUCCUGAUGACUCUUGUAGAGGCUAUCAGACUCUACCUAGGCUAUGCAGGAAAUUUGCAAGAGAAGGUCCCGGAGCUGGCAGGUUUCUGGCUCCUGAGUCUCCUGCUGCAGUUUCCUUUGAUUCUGUUUCAGCUCUUCAACCAAGCCAUUCUGAUCCAACCUCUGGAGAGAGGGGUUCACUUCAUUCUGGCCCUGUUCAUACUCACACAGGCCGUCUCUGGCUUUGUGGCUCUACGCGGGAUGGUCAGACACACAGAGAGCCACUUCCACCUCAGACAGUUUGAUGGGGUUCAGGAGCUGAGGGCCUGACUGCUCUGCUGAGCUGACAUGCAGAGACAGAGCUCAAAAGGUGUUUUAUUGCGAGGAGGGGCAGACCCUGACAGUCUGGCGACCAUCCUCUCCUCCAGAUCUGCUUCGGCCCCUCUCCCAUUGGAUUGGAACCUGGAGGUCUUGGCCAGGCUGAGUUUCUGGAGCCUACGUAGACUCUCACUUUGGGGGUCGAGGACAUCUGUGGUAAAACGCCCAUUUCCUCUUCAAGGUCUGCUGGUCCAACCCGAGAAGAAUGUUACCAUUCAGAGUAGACAUAUUCCAAAAUAAGCUCUGAAUGUAGUUUUUAGAAGUACUAUGUGCUAAUACAAAGAACAAUGCAAAAAAGGGGUGGCAUACACUUUUAGUACCUGUGGUUGUUGUUCAGACUCGCUGCUGCUGCAUCUCCACCAGACACACACCUGCCUGCUCCCCCCCAGCGGCUCUCUCUGAGGGGCCCUGCCUCUAAUCUAAGCCGCUGUCUGGUCUCCCCAUGGACAAUCAUGGCUACAGAGAAGAGCGGGAGGAAAAGGGGGUUAUUAACUGGGGCAGGACAACAGCAGGAGAUAUGUAUCUGGACUCAUUCCCAGAUAUAGAAAAAAAUAAAAACAUACACAUCUAUUGUAUAUGUACUGUGAUAUAUUGUGUAUACCAACAUAUACUCUGAACAGCAUAAAAAGACACACUAGAAAGUCCAUAUGGCUGUUGUGGAGAGGACAGUAACUUAUGUGCCUCAGUCCUAUGUGUUCACUCAUAAAUGCAGUCAACUGGAUAUUUUACUGCUAUGUUUUUCUGUAGUUACCCAUGUCUGUGGAGGCUGCCUGCUUCACCUGAAAGAUGAGUGAUAAGACUGUAUUAAUACUAAUUCAACAUCUCUGAUUUUGCAACAUUUGGAACGUUUGAUUUACCAUCUAUUAAACUGGGGUGGAAAAUAAAGCCCCCGACUUUA